CGACGUCCGUGCCCAGCUGCGUUUACGAGCUCGAGCAGAUAUGCGACGACACCGCCAUUGUUCAGCUAGGUGCUAUUGCUGAUUCGGCCUGCAGCAAGCUUGACUCAGAGCAGUGCAUGCCCGUAGCUCGGGCGGUCGCGAGCCACGCUGUCCCCUUGCCCACAAACAAUACAGGGGAGCUUCAAGCUAUUGCUUUGCCAUGUGGCAUGUGCUCACUAGCUCGUUUGCGAGCAUGAAAGCUGCUGUUCCCGGCUGCAAGCCAGGCGCUCGCUUCCCUUUUUCAUUGUCAUCUGUAUGGACGAUACUCUGCGCUUCGAUGGGCCAAAGUCGCAGGUAGAACCCUUCUGUAAUGGGGAUAAGGACAAGCUCCUGACGCCCAGCGCGGCGAAUACACCAUCGCAGCUUUCUCGGCCGAUCUCACCAUUUCUCGACAGGCCCUGGUCUGCAUUCCUUGGGACAAAGCAGGUGAUGCUAGAGCAAUUGCAGAAGGUUACAGAUUGCCCUGACGAGCACGAGGAUCUUGUGGAUGGGCCUACUUCUUCAAGCUAUCCGCGACCGCGCACUAUUUCGGACGGCGUCUCUUUCUCAGGGACUGUCAUUUUCUCUCCUGAUACAAUUGUAUCUCAGUUGCACGAUCGGGCAACACUACGCAAACUGGCGUCUCUAUGCGAUACGUAUGCAGCGUCCCAUGUCACAACGCCACGUCAGCUGGGCCAGCUAUUCAAAGACGCUGGCUACGAGAUAAAUAUUGAGAGGCUCGAUGCUGAUGCACACAUUGCGUAUAAUGAACUUAUGUCGCUUCUCGAACAGGUGCCACAGGGAUCGCUGUCAACUUGGGAUCUUACGCGGCGUGCCAGUCAGCCCAGGCACGCCCAAAGAGUUGUUUUUGAGCCUAUUCGAUAUCGUUCUCGACCGGGUUUGAUUCGAGUAGAUCGUGCUCCCAGCAUAGUACACAUUGCUCAGGCCGGCCCUUCGUCUCAGCAAGGGACCAUCUCUGAUGUCCCUAUUUUCGUGGCACCGGCUACCUCCAAAGAGCAAGGCCACUCUCACCUUUGUAGUGACACAGCCGCUCAGCUCCAGGAAGCCCAACCUUCCAGACUCACUUUGAGCAACGGAGACACAUUUCUGCUCGGUAAACGCAUUGGCAGUGGCCAAUACGGUGCUGUGUACUGUUCUUUGCAUGCCGAUUUUGGUACAAUAGUGGCAAUCAAACGGAUUCCAAUGCAAGACCAGUCUCCCACGGAAAGACAAAAACUUAUGCAAGAAGUGGCACUGCUUCGGAAGCUUAAGUCACAAUGGAUCACGAGCUAUGUAGGCUUUGCAGAGGACAGCGGCUUUCUCAGCAUUGCCACAGAGUACAUCGAAGGCGGGAGUCUUUUGACGAUAAUUAAGACAUUUGGCGGGCUGUCUGAGGCACUCGCUGCGAGGCUCUGUAGAUCCAUCAUUCUUGGUCUCGAGUACUUGCAUGCACAAGACGUUGUCCAUUGCGAUUUGAAGUGUGCCAAUGUACUCCUGACCAAGUCAGGGCAGACACGGUUAGCAGAUUUUGGCGUGUCCAUGCAUCUUGGAGGUGACUCUACGAUCAAGGGAGACGUGAAUGGUACGCCCAAUUGGCUGGCACCCGAAGUCAUUACUCUCCGCGGGACAAGUAAAGCAAGUGACAUUUGGAGUCUUGGCUGUACACUCAUUGAGAUGUUGCAGGCCAAGCCGCCUUAUGCUGAUCUCAACCCAAUGAGCGUGCUCUAUGCGAUUGUCGAGCGAGGACCGCCUCCUCCACCAUCAGAUGCCUCUUCAGAUUUGACAUCUUUUCUGCAACAGUGCUUUGUCUGGGAACCUCGAGCCAGGCCAUCAGCAGCUGCACUGUUCCACCAUACGUGGCUGCAAAUGGCUCAUCACGCUCUAAGGCAUGACGGCAUGGGAAUCGACUUUUCGAAUGGCGCGAAGGUCUGGCUUCCAUCUGAUUGUCGCUCUGGUGUCCUUGCGGCCGUUCAAGGAGCUUCACAUCCUGAACAAGACUCUCUUGUGUCAGAUGACACAGGCUCACAAUCCGAGGCCUCUCCACUUCUGCAUGCAAGGCACAGGUCUGAUACAGUCCCCUUACAAGAACAAAGGCCGCACUACUCCAUCUGUGAACAGCAAUCUCAGCGUCAAGGGUCUUUCAUUGCGCAGAAUGGCAGCAAUUGCAGUGGAUUGAGUCACGCUCUAGCUGGAGCCAUUGAGAGUGUGAAGAAGAGAAGGCGUGCACCAUGCAUGACUCGCUAUCGGGUGCUGAUCAGGCGGAAGACGACUGAGAAGGUCCUUCAGGAGUGCUGCAUCAUGUAAUUUGUCGUAGUUUAUACCUUGGCAAGGAAGCCCUGGCGGAUGAGCCGUUCCACAUCGGACGCUUUGACGAAGAAGGAGCUAUUCUUGGUCAAGGUCAGAGUACCAUACUCUGUCUGAAUCUCGCCAGCAUCUUUCAAAACACGCA